AGGGAUAAAUAACCCGGUUAAGUAGCAGUGACAUUCCCGCGCAAGAAGGAAGGCACAAUGGCUUCUGAUUCAACUGCUCAAACUCAAAGGGUCGACGAGGAGAAGGAAACUUGUGAACCCAAAAGCAGCAAUUCAUCAAAAUCUUGUUUUCAGCCAACAGUCUGUUUGAAAGAUUGGUGGCUUAUUAGGGCUGAAACAGAUUCUCAAGGAAGGACCCUCGCCGUUGCUGGCCUCACUUCUCGAGAGGGUCAAGCACUGCGAGGAUUCACUUCUGCACCAAUUCUCAAGAUAUAUGAUGUUUUUAAUCUUGAGACCAUUGAUGGGGUAUGCGUUGUCCUCAAAGGCUUCAUAAACAAAAGUCGUUCAGAGGAAAAUGAUUUUCCAUCUGAGGUGAUCGAACAGUUUCUUUUUGGUUUUCCUCCUCAAUGGGAGACGUUUAAUGAGAAAUGCUUAGGAAGAGAAUCUAAAGGUAAGGGUUCUGCAAGUGAUGCCCUUGGUUUUGAAAAACCAUCUGUGUGUUCAGAAAAGGUUAAAGAUCUAAAGAAGUUAGAUCAAAAGGAUCAUGUAGAGACUACUGGUGAAACAAUACAGGAUCAUAAUGGGAGACAAGACUAUGAAGUAGAAGACAAUUUGAUGAGGGACAAUCAGAAUGAUGGAGAAGUUGCAAGUGAAGUUAUUAUACAAAAGGCGACGAAAAGAGCAACGAGGUCAUCGGUUAAGCUUAAUUCUACAAACACUUCUACAAGCAUUGCAAAGAAGCAAACAAUACAGGAUCAUAAUGGAAGACAAGACUAUGAAGUAGAAGACAAUUUGAUGAGGGACAAUCAGAAUGAUGGAGAAGUUGCAAGUGAAGUUAUUGUACAAAAGAAGACAAAAAGAGCAACGAGGUCAUUGGACAAGCUUAAUUCUACAAACACUUCUACAAGCAUUGCAAAGGAGCAAACAAUACAGGAUCAUAAUGGGAGAAAAGACUACGAAGUAGAAGACAAUUUGAUGAGGGACAAUGAGAAUGAUGGAGAAGUUGCAAGUGAAGUUAUUGUACAAAAGAAGACAAAAAGAGCAAUGAGGUCCUCGGACAAGCUUAAUUCUACAAACACUUCUACAAGCAUUGCAAAGGAGCAAACUGCAGAUGAUAAUCGAACAACUCACUUUAAAAGUUCAAGCGCAUCCACGAAAAAUGCAAAAAGAAAAUUGUCAUAUGGAAGUCCUCAGCAAGGGGAAGAGGCAGUUCCACUUAUCUCUCCUGAACCUUUGAGUUUUAACAGAUCCAGAUCAGGGAGAGUGCUACUUCCUCCAAUGGCAUUUUGGCGCAAUCAAAGAGCAGUUUAUGAUGCGGAUCAGAGGGUUACAGAAGUUCAACAAGGCGACCUGAAUCUUGACAAUAUAUCUAGAGUGUGUAGAUCUGAACCAUCAAAAGAGAGACGAAAACUCAGAUGAGAGUUAAAGCUUCUAUUGUUUAGUGGAAAUGUUAAGAUAUUCCAAUAGAGUGAAACUCGAUGCUGAAACAGCUUGACCAACUCGGAUUUGAUGGUUUGGAGGUUCGCGUACUUCUUAGACGUUGUUUAUCGCUACUUCCUUCACUUGGACAUCUUUCUAUUUUGAAUUGCCAUUUAUGGUUUAAAUGUUUGUAAAUGGAUCAAGAGGGAAAGUAUAACAGGUAGUUACAAGUUGUAUGUAGUGCACUUGCUCCUACACUUUUUACAAGUACUUUUGAGUAAAAAUUAGUCAAAGUUUGGAUGAGCUGCCUUUUGUUUUAAUAUCAUAUGGUGAUACAGUUGUGCUUAUGGAUUCUCAUUUAGACCAAUAUUUUAGUAAGAAAUUCUAAUUUUUCUUCAUGCUGAAAUACUGAUGUGUUAUGUUUUAAAAAUAUCAUCUGGUCAUG